AUGCUCCAAAUCAAACAAGACUCUUCCUUUUCACACUCACACCCAGGACAACAAUACGUGCCAUUGAAACAACUGAACGUCGAAGCAUAUAUAAAAUCGUUUGCUGCCGAUGUAACAAUCAAACAAAUUUUUCGUAAUGAUGAGACACAACUGAUCGAAGCAGUGUAUUGUUUUCCAAUAGAAGAACAAGCAGCUAUCUAUUCAUUUGUUGCUCAAAUUGAUGAUCGAGAAAUUAUUGCACAAUUGAAAGAAAAAAAAGAAGCACAACGAGAAUACAACGAUGCUCUUGAAUAUGGUUAUGGUGCAUAUUUACUUGAACAAGAUGAAAAAUCUCAAGAUAAUUUUAUAAUCAAUGUUGGUGCACUACCAGCUGGUAAAGAAUGUCACAUUUAUAUAUCGUACGUCUCCGAACUGGAUCUUGUUCAAAAUGGAAGUCGGAUACGAUUUGUUGUUCCAACGACUAUUGCACCUCGAUACGAUCCAAAUGAAGGUGGAAUCGUUUCACCAGGUGGUACCACGUCAAAAUAUGUUUCAACAACUCUAUACACAAUUGAAUUUUGCUGUCGGAUAGAGAAAACCAAUGUCUCUCGAGUUAGUUCGACAUCUCAUCCUAUCCAGAUUGAAGUCGACCAAGAGAAUGUCUAUGUCAUCGAAUUUGCUCAAAAAAACACACAUCUAGAUCGAGAUAUCUUACUAGAUAUUGAGUUAGCUAGCAAUCGUUCAAAUACCAUUAUUGCGGUGGAACCAGGUGCUGUUAUGGUUUCAUUUACACCAACUGAAGAAGAUUGUCAACAUGCGAUGAACAAUGUAGAGACGACCAAUGAAUUUAUUUUUGUUAUCGACUGUAGUGGAUCGAUGGAAGAUGAGAAUAAGAUUGGAUUAGCACGUGAAGCAAUGUUGCUCUUUCUCAAGAGUCUUCCGCUAAAUUGUCACUUUAAUAUCAUUCGAUUCGGAUCAACUCAUCAGGCAUUAUUCAACGAUAUAACUGCCAUUUACAAUGAAAAAAAUGUUCAAAAAGCAGAACAGCUUAUCAAUCAGUUAUGGGCAAAUAUGGGUGGCACUGAAUUGUUACAACCACUUCUGUGGUUAGAAGAACAUCCUGCACAAACAGGUCGUUCGAGACAAAUAUUUCUGUUGACAGAUGGAGAAAUUUCAAAUGUCAACGAAGUACUCGAUCUAUGUCGCUCGAUGGCUACUUCUACACGGAUCUUUUCAUUUGGUUUGGGUCAUUCACCAAGUCGUUCACUAGUCAAAGGUCUUGCUCGAGCAACAAAUGGACGUUUUGUUUUUAUUCCACCUAACAGUAAUGUUGACGUUCAUAUUGGUAAACAGUUACAAAAAGCUCUGCAAUCUUGUAUAACAAACAUACAAGUGGAAUGGAAACUCGGUACUACUGUUAUGACUGCUCCAACAAACAUACCACCAGUCUAUGUUAAUGAUCGUCUGAUUGUUUAUGCACUUGCCAAUGAUCCAAUGUUUGUCUUUAAUGACAAAUCGAGUGUCGAAUUACGCAACGAUCAAAUUCGAUUAGGCCAAUGUUUGUGUAUACUCGAAGCAAUUAGUAUGAUUUUUGGAAAUAGCAGCAAUGCUUGUUUAAUUAAAACUGGACCUGUAGCGGAGCUUGUUGAAUUUCUUAGUUUAAUUAUUGCUUACAGUUUUGGAUUAUUCGUGGCUCGUCGAUAUUAUGAAACUGGUUUACGAAUAUUUGCUUCGCUGAUCGUACUUGAAAUGGUUAUGAUUAGUAUUGGUAUUAUAAUUGUAGUUCUUAUAAUUUUUGGUGCCAUACCUCGAACUGCACCAAACUCAACGGCUUAUAGAGAGCAUGAUAGUCUCAUGAUUCGUACGCAAAUUGGUGCUUUUUAUUGUGCCUUUGUAUACAUUGUAACUUUUAUUCUUGAUAUUAUCAUUGUAAAAUUUGCUUUCAAAUUGGCCAAGCUUAUUGCUGUUGAAAGAUCUUCGACCAUGCCACAAAUAUAA